AUGAUGACGUCAUCACCACAAAACAACACCCCGAAGCCAGCCGCCAACCGGAAGACCCCAUCCUCCUCCUCCUCCGCCGCCUCCCGGCCCCACCGCCACGAACCGGCGGCCGCCGCCGCCCGGUGCCCACGUUGCGACUCCCCCAACACCAAAUUCUGCUACUACAACAACUACAGCCUGGCCCAACCCCGCCACUUCUGCAAGACCUGCCGCCGCUACUGGACCAAGGGCGGCGCCCUCCGCAACGUCCCCAUUGGCGGCGGCUCCCGAAAGACCAAAAAGCCCUCCUCAGCCGCCGCCGCCGCCGCCAAGGACCACCAAACCCUCGCCGGAGAUAUUGGAAACCCCCUCGCCUUCUUUCAGGGCCUCCCACCUGCUAUGGAUUUCCAACUCGACUAUGCCAAUAAUUAUAACCCAAACUCCACCGAUUUAUCACUGCCCGGACUAAAAAUCCCAUCGGGCGGACUAAGCCCUAAUAUUUCUUUCGGCUCAGGAGUUCAGUUAGGGUUUCAAGACGUGGGCCCCACGGCGAUUGAGUCCCUGAGCUACAUAAACCAGGACCUUCACUGGAAACUGCAGCAGCAGAGGUUGGGGAUGCUCUUCGUCGGGGGUUAUAAUAAUAAUGAUCAUAAUAACAACAACAACAAAGACAGUGGUUUAAUGGUUGUUCCGUUUUCUUCUUCUUCUUCGAGGGCUGAUGAGUCGUGCGCCGUGAUUGGGGCAUCGUCCGAGAUUAAUAAUGGGGAUUUGUCGACCGAGUGGUUUUUCGGUGGUAAUAAUAGUAAUGGUAAUAAUAAUAACAAUAAUGAUAGUUGUUAUGCAGCUGAUCGUGUGGAUGGAACUCGGGACAUAACAAGCGGCGAUGACAAUUUGGAGAAUGAAAACAGUGGUAGAAGCUGGAGUGGGUUUCAAGCAUGGACCGGGCUUGGGCUUUUCUGA